AUGGCUGACUACCACUCCGUUCCCAACCCGGGAAGAGGUGUUCCGGAAGCCGACAUGGGCGUCCGCCGUUCUAGCCACGACUCGUUCGCCGCAUCCCCCGAGAUCCCCAACGACGGCUACCUUGGUACGCAAGGCCUUGCCAACCCCGCCCCGUCCAUCAUGUCCCGUGACUCAACAUACGGAUCGCUGAAUGCGCCAUCGAUCAACUCCGGCCACCAGGCCCGGUCAUCGUGGGGCAGCAACAACAUGCUCGCCGCGGGCGAGGCCGGCAUGGCUGGAUCCGACCUUCCCGGAGGACACCGUCCCCGCGUCCAGUCCAACCUCGCCAACUCGUAUUCGUCGCCCUUUGACCACGACGAGCAGGGCCACGAGCAGCCCUCUCACCACCUCCCGUCCUCUGAGCACGAGAAGGCGCCCGCAUGGACCUCGUCUACGGUGCAGCGCAAGCGUAACCGCAAACGCUGGGCUUGGGCCCUCCUGGCGCUCCUCGCCCUGAUCGCAAUCGGUGUCGGUCUUGGCGUUGGUCUCGGCCUCGGCCUCAACAAGGACAAGGACAAGAACAAGUCGUCCUCCGACGCCAGCGCCGGCGAUAGCAACGCCGGCAAGUCCGCCAGCGAGUCCGCCAAGGAGGAGCCUACCAAGACGUCGGAGCAGGCCAAGCCCUCCGCCACGUCUGAGGCUCCCAAGCCCAAGCCCACAAUGGGCGGCCAGGGCUCCAACAUCACCCUGUCUGACGGCACGACCAUGGUCUACGACAACCCCCACGGCGGAUACUGGGUCCAGGACCCCGAGAACCCCUUCAACAACGAUGCUCGCCCGAACAGCUGGACCCAGCCUCUGAACGAGACCUGGGACAUGAACUCUGGCCGCAUCUGGGGUGUCAACCUCGGCGGUUGGCUCAACACCGAGCCCUUCAUCGUUCCCGGCCUCUACGAGGACUACCUUGGUUCCGGUGACUCCAAGUCCAAGGACGAGUACUGGCUCUCGACCAACAUGGGCGCCAACCUGACUGAGGCCAUGACUGAGCACUACGAGACUUUCAUCACUGAGCGUGACUUUGCCGAGAUCGCUUCCGCCGGUCUCAACUGGAUCCGUCUUCCCAUCGGCCACUGGGCCGUCUCCAAGUGGGACAACAACGACGAGCCGUUCCUCGCCAACGUUGCUUGGAACUAUGUCCUUAAGGCCAUUCAGUGGGCGCGCAAGUACGGACUCCGUAUCCAGCUCGACCUUCACACUGUUCCCGGCUCGCAGAACGGAUGGAACCACUCUGGUCGUCUUGGUCCCGUCGGCUGGAUGAACGGUGCCAUGGGUCUCGCCAACGCCCAGCGCGCCCUUGACAUCAUCCGCUCGCUCGCCCAGUUCAUUUCGCAGCCCGAGUACGCCCCCGUCGUCCAGAUGUUUGGCUUCAUCAACGAGCCCAUUGGCUCCGUUGUCGGCAAGGAGUCGAUCGCCGCCUUCUACGCUGAGGCCUACCGUGAGAUCCGCGCGAUCACCGGUACUGGUUCCGGCAAGGGCCCCAUCCUUUCGGCCCACGACGCUUUCCUCGGUCUUCCCGAGUGGCACAACUUCAUGCCCGGUGCCGACCGUUUCGCCAUGGACCAGCACCCUUACCUCGUCUUCCAGCCUCAGAUGAAGGGCGACCUCGCCUCGAUGCAGUACACCCCCUGCAACUGGGCCAGGGACACGAACGACACGCUGAACAAGGUUGGUCUCGUCACCGCCGGCGAGUGGUCCGCCGCCAUUAACGACUGUGGCCAGUGGGUCAACGGCGUCGACCUCGGCACUCGUUACGAUGGCACGUAUGCCGGCUUCGAGAACGACAAGACUGGCGACUGUGCCCACUGGAACGAUUACACGACCUGGUCUGACGAGGAGAAGAAGCUCCUCCGCUCUUACGUCAUGUCGUCGAUGGACGCUCUGCAGCACUGGUUCUUCUGGACCUGGAAGAUUGGCCCUACAAAGUCCAACCCUGCCCCGAACCCCUUUUGGAACUACCAGCUUGGUCUCAAGAAUGGCUGGAUCCCGUCCGACCCGCACGAGGCCAUGGGCAACUGUGCCAACCUGGGCGGUGUUGACUACUCGACGUCGACGACCGGCUUCCAGCCGUGGAUGACUGGUGGUGCCGGUGCCGGUGAGAUUGCCAACCAGGUCGCCUUCCCGCCUGCCAAGCUCAGCAACGUGCCCGAGAACAAGAUGAGCGACCUCGCGCAGUACACGCAGACCGCGGACCCCGUCACGCUCGCUGGUAUCUCCGUCACCAAACCGUCGAGCACCGAGACGUUCGCCGCCGGCGACGGCUGGUUCAACAAGCAGCAGAACCGCAAGGCGUACACCAAGGUCGCCAACUGCGUCUACCCCGGCCCGUACGAGAGCGACAAGCAGGAGCCCGGAAACAACAUGUGCGGAGCUGGCGCCGUCAGCGCUCCUGCGCGCCGCAACGCCCCUGCUCCGGGCCCCACCCCUGCUGCCAAGUACUAA